UCUUCGUAAUAUCUUUAUCACUAACUUAUAUAUUAUCACGUUUUGCUCAUUACUUUUCUCGAAAACUAAUUCAACACUGUUAGUAACAUGUUUAUGGUCAUCCACCUAAACCUAAUCAAUUAUUAACGUUGCUAUUUUUAUAUCUUAAUAUUAUCUGUCUUCAAUAAGCCAUGGCCCUAUAUCAAGACACACUUCCUUGGAAAGUAAAAUCAUAAUUAAAGAAAGAGAAGAUCAAGAAUUCACAAUAUGGAUGAAACUCAUCAGAAACCCAAGCAAGAGGAAAGCCAGAACAAGGAAACCGCAGCCACCACCAAGGAGGAAACCGCAGCCACCACCAACAAGGAGGCUCCUGCCGCGAGUCAAGACUUGUUGAAAUCAGAAUUGGAGAGUCUAGAAAAAAUGGUGGUGGAAAAACUGAACUCUGAUGAAACCAAGGCGAACAUUGAAUCAGCAGUAAUUAACCCUGUCGUGUCAUUGGCUCAAGGAUUCGCUCAAUCUGCAAAGGGCUUAGCUAGUAAAGUGGAGGCCAAAGUUGAGACACAAGCAGCCAAAUUGUCCUCUGUACUACACAAGCUGAAGCCAAAUGGAACUGAGGAGCUGCCUACUUCAGACAAACACGUUGGGGAGUCAUCAGCAGCAGACACAGAUAAUGCUACCAAUAAUGGAGAUCAUGAACAAGCUCCUACAACCACUGACAAAGAGCCACUUGUUGGAAUGGUCGCUCAGGCUAGGACUUCGUGGAUGAACUGCUGCGGUUUACUUGAAGUUCUUGCGAGACCAUCGGACAAAUAAUUAUUGGAAAAAAACAUUGCUAGCAGAUUCUGUUGGUUCUUGAUGGAGAGGUUGCGCAUCUGAUGCUGAGUGAUAUUAGAAUAGAAAAAACAUGUUCUUUUUCAACUAAUGUAAUGAAGUUAUGAAAAUGUUUGCACCACAAAAAUUAAUGUGCUUGUGAGAGGGUUUUGUUUUUCAAUUCAUUUUCUGUUUAACGUGUAUCUUCUUAUGAUUUCGAUCUAAGAAUGGCUAUUAUGAGCUUUGAUUA